UGUGGGGGCGGGGCUAUGAGCCAGCUGCUGAAUAGUCAUGAGGGGGCGGGGCGCGAGGGGCCCGGCGGCAGCUGGCGGCUGGGGCCCUUCGUCCUUGGCCCAGGCAUGGCGGCAGCAGCAAUAGCAGCGAGGCGCGGCGUCGCGGCUGCCAGCGCUUGGACUUUGAAAUGCACGCGUCAGUUGCACAUGGUGUAUCAGACAGUCGACUUGCCGGAGACACACCAGAUGCUUCGCCAGACAUGCCGGGACUUUGCUGACAAGGAGCUGGCCCCCAUUGCCGCGCAGGUGGAUAAGGAGCACCGCUUUCCGGCAGAACAGAUCAAGAAAAUGGGGAGUUUAGGACUCCUAGCAAUGGAUGUACCUGAGAAGUAUGGAGGAGCAGGGCUCGAUUAUUUGGCAUAUUCGAUUGCUGUGGAGGAGAUAAGCCGAGGCUGUGCAUCCACAGGCGUUAUCAUGAGUGUCAAUAAUUCCCUCUAUUUAGGACCAGUUUUGAAGUUUGGGUCUGAAGAGCAGAAACACAAGUGGAUUACGCCCUUCACCAAUGGGGACAAAAUAGGGUGCUUUGCCCUCAGUGAACCAGGCAAUGGCAGUGAUGCCGGAGCUGCUUCGACGGUGGCACGGCUUGUCGGUGACAAAUGGGUCUUGAAUGGUACCAAAGCCUGGAUCACCAAUGCAUGGGAAGCUUCUGCAACGGUAGUGUUUGCUACUACAGACAAGUCUCUGAAACACAAGGGUAUUAGUGCCUUUCUUGUUCCCAUGCCAACUCCUGGCUUGUCUCUGGGGAAGAAAGAAGACAAACUGGGGAUCAGAGCAUCAUCCACUGCCAACCUGAUCUUUGAAGACUGCUGCAUUCCCAAAGCCAACCUCCUGGGAGAAGCAGGAAUGGGGUUCAAAAUUGCCAUGCAAACCCUGGACUCAGGCAGGAUAGGAAUUGCCUCUCAGGCUUUAGGAAUAGCCCAGGCGGCUCUUGACUGCGCUGUGGAUUAUGCCGAGAAGAGGCUGGCCUUUGGUGCGCCCAUCACAAAGCUGCAGGCCAUUCAGUUUAAACUAGCCGACAUGGCCCUGGCCCUGGAAAGCGCUCGUCUGCUGACCUGGAGAGCAUCUAUGCUGAAGGACAAUGGAAAGCCCUACACAAAGGAAGCUGCAAUGGCCAAGCUGUCUGCCUCAGAAGCUGCCACUUCCAUUUCUCAUCAGGCUAUCCAGAUCCUGGGUGGAAUGGGCUAUGUGACAGAGAUGCCAGCAGAACGUCACUACCGUGAUGCUCGGAUCACAGAGAUCUAUGAAGGAACCAGUGAGAUACAGAGGUUGGUCAUUGCAGGGCAGCUGCUGAAAGCUUAUCGAGGCUGAACUGGGAACAGGGAGAGAGAUUCAGUGCCUCCUCCUAUCUGCAUGUUUGUGCAAAAAAUACGUCACCUGCUGAUUGAAUAGAGGUGAGAGAUAGGUUGUUCUGGUUCAGACCAUCUGGAAGUUGACCAUGUCAGUUGGCCAACCCUCCGCCAAUCUUUUUUGAAGGCUGUAAAAGAGUAUAGCAGCCUCCGUGUUUAUCUUGAGCGUUUUCAAGAAAGAAGUUAAUCCUGCAGAGGAACCCAGCGUACACAUUAAUUUGGGUUAAUGAUCAAGUCUGCUACAGAAGUCUAACACUGAGAAGGAAGUCUUGCACAUUAGGACAAAGUUGCAUGGUCAAUAACAGUUGUUCCUCUUUCAGAUUGUGAAGCUGCACAAGUGCCUUAUACCUGUCCAAUGAAAAAUUACACUACCAGAAGUUUGAUUCUA